UGUUAGUGUUCUAGCAAGACAAACAGCAUAUCAUUGUUCGUACCAUUAUUAUUUACUGAGCAUUACUUACCGUUACCACCACCCACAAUAAAGCACUCAGAACCCUUUAUUAUUGAUUUUCCCGGCCGGGCCGACAAAAUCAGUACCGUAUCUGGACUUUGUCAUCGCGGGCCUUUUAGUGGAAGCAGAAGACAGCAACUUCCAUCAUACACAUCUUUCUGGCUGGUCCAACGAUAUAAAAUUGCGCUUGUGGAUUCAUCUCGUAAUCGGUUUAUCAUUUUCCUCCUUUGCCUCGACUGGUCAUGGAGGGAGCAAAUACGGAUGGGCUGCCAGAAUUUCGUACGGCGGCAGAGGUGGCCGAGUAUCUGGCAGACACCAGCGAUGAGAGUCGGUAUGACGUUCUGCUUUGGGCUGCCCAUUGCUUGUUGAACCAGCAGAUAUCUGCGGCCAAUGAGGUAGAGGGCCUAUGGGAAUUAGUAUUAGGUAAUCAUACUUGGCUGGAAAAGACAAAGACUGGAUAUGAUGUCGAGGCAUGGGACGAAGUUAGACAGGUCGCCAUCGAUGUCAAGAAGCGCCGCCACCGUACAGACGAAGCGCGGCGUAAGAUAGCUCUGUGCUGGGGUCAGGAAAAUGCUGAUUUAGUGGCUGGGCAAGUGCAGACUUACAACACUUUAUGCGCCAUACGAAAACUGGCCAUACGUAUGGAUAUCAUGAAAGCCUGUCAUGGAAUCAAUCGUGCGAGAUUACAUCGCCUGCGAAGGAGAGCCAGAGGCGUGUCAAAUCGGAUUGAAUUGCAAGCCAGUGACUUUUUGCAAGUUGCUGACGGAACCAUUCAGACUGGUGAACUGCGAUUUGAUGAAAUUACUGAAUUGCAAAUUCGUGGUGGUAGGAAUGCUCUCAUAGUUCCCUACCUAUCAAAUGCUUUUCAGCAAAGACCAUUCUUCCUGAAUGAUGCACAAACCGAACAUAAGGACAAAGGUUUGAAUCAGGAGGAGAGCAUGGAGGAUGGCUUUGGUCCAGGGCCUGCAGGCACUCAGGACGAGAGCAUGGAGGAUGGCUCCGACCCAGUGCCCCCAG